AAGGGUAUUUGUUUAAUCAUUGAGUAAAUGACCUGUAUUUUAUUAUUAAAAUAUACUGAAAUGUCCAUCCCUAGUCUAAACGUGAUUUUAAAUGUGAACUUUACUUACCAAAGGGUAUACAUGUAAAAGUUAUAUUUUUAGUUUUUCAAACAUUAAUUAAAAGAAUAACUUUAAAUAUCUAAAAAUAAUAAUUAUAAAAACAUUUUAAAAAUGUACUCAAUAGUAAUACGCUUUUCCGCCAAAACAUGUUGCAGGUUAUUGCUAUAAUUAUGUUUAAAAGGUUUGAUGAUAUUUCAUGUCUAAAUGUGUUUGGUAUAAGUAAUGAUGUUUUGCAGUUUGUAUCUUGUGAUUAAACAAAAUCAUUUUGAAAUUUCAAGCAGGUUGUUUUAUUUGCCUGUUCAAAAAGCCGAGGCAGACAUGCAAUUAUUAAAUUGAAAUGUGGUAGAAAAAAGGAAAAAUUGUGUAAGUGUGUUUUUAAAUGAGUUUUGUCUACUAUUUAUACAUCUACAACAGCAUUAGGCUGCAGUGCGCGCAUUGCAGCGGUCCCGCUCCGGGACUGUAUUUGAGGUUUCACCGCUCCACAUCAAACCCACAGUAACGCCACCUGUUCAAACCCCGAUACACUCCUCCGUGACGCUGCAGACGGGAGAACAACUCGGGGGGGAAGAAAAUGACGGCGCUGACUACUGAAGAGGAGAGAACUGGUAGGAGAAGCCCCGGGCUGCUGCUGUUUGUAUCGACACCUGUAAGGAUGUGCUUUUAUUGAGGGCUUUUACCGUUUACAUCUCCUCGGCAUUGCCCGCCAAAAAUGAACAAACAACACAGCGGCGCGGACCCCGAGCAGCGCGAGCUGCCAAUUCAAACUGGAGGAGUUCGAAUCCCAACGGCUGAAGCGGCGCUGCCUGAAUAUAUUAGCGUGGAGUUAAAGAUUCAGGGCUGCCAACACACACGCACUGGCCGUGAGACUCACACAUUUGAGCAUAUUCUCACGCUCACACGCAUUGGUAAAAAAGUGUCACGCAAUUUUUGGGGUCAGUUUCUAACACUCUUCUUGGAAGACACUGUAACUGAAUGGCUGCACGUGUAAUGUUUUUAUUUAUUACUGCUGAAAAGUCAGAGUGUCGCACUUCAUCUGCCGGAAUGAACCACCUUGCUAACCAGUCAGGGGUUCGCGGGAAGAAUUGUAACAGUCCAUCACAAGUCCUCCGCGAGCUUAAGCAGCGGCGAGCGGGAAAUGCGACAGAGACAGCAGUGAGAGGUGCAGAUACAAACCCCGGUACAGCUUGAGAGAUGAGUAAAUCAAACAAGCCAAACCAUGCAAAGGGCUCUAGAAGACAGCAACAACCCAAAGUGUGUCCACCAGGAUCAAAGCGAAAAGUACCAGAGAGCCAAAAACUGACAGCCUUCUUUGGCCUAGGAAGGCUUGACACACCACUGUCACCAGAACCUGGUCAUGCUGAUGUACCUGCUGAAAAGGCAGCCAGGAUAGAGUGUGUAGGGGAAGAUUCAGCUGAUGGGACAGAACCAGAUGACUCUACAAAAAAGUCUGUGCCAGCCAAGAAGUCAAAUUCUUCUGGAAAAUCAAGAACCAAAUGUGGGGCAGCCACUUAUAAAUCCAAAUUCCAGCCCGGGUGGACAACAGAAUGGCCCUUUAUUAAGAAGGGACUCACGCAGCAUCAUUUUUGGUGUGAGAUUUGCAGAACUGAGAAUGCUUGUUACCAUAUGGGCCAUGCAGAUGUGGAGCGUCACAUAGAGAGCGAGUCACACCAGAGGAAGGUCAAGGCAGUGGAGCAAUCGCAGCAAAUUACCAAAUUUACAGUGAACACAGCUCCAAAGGUGGAUAACAUGACACAACUUGAGGCGAAGGCACGACGAGCUGAGAUCAAAGUUGCUGUGACGAUGGUAAAUCACAAUGUCCCCCUUGCAGUUGCUGACCACUUCAGCCCACUGAUGAAAGAGUGUUUUAAGGAUUCAGAUGUGGCACAGAGAUAUGGUGCUGCAAGGACCAAGACUACUUGUAUUAUCAACAGGGCGAUAGCACCAUACCUUCAUGAUGAGCUGGUCAAAAAGAUGAGAAACAGGCCAUACACCUUGUCAACUGAUGGAUCAAAUGAUACAGGAAGGGAAAAGAUGAACCCAUUGACUGUGAAGCUGUUUGAUGUAGACAGGGUGGAACACAUGUUCCUAGAUAUGUGCAUCACAACUGGCACUAAUGCUGCCACAGCAGAGACCAUUUUUGAAAAAAUGGACAGUGUCCUCAAGAAGGAUAACAUCCCAUGGCAAAACUGUGUAGGUCUGUCAGUGGACAAUGCCAAUGUGAACAUGGGUGUCUGUAACUCUAUCAAAUCAAGGAUAUUAAGCAUAAAUCCGACUGUUUAUGUCCAUGGUUGUCCUUGCCACAUAGUUCACAACAAUGCCAGUGCUGCUGGGACUCAUUAUAUUGAGUUGUCAGACUUUGAUGUGGAGGAUGUGGUUGUAGAUAUUGGAUACUGGUUCAAAGCAAGCACAAAGAGAAAAUGUAGACUGGAUGGUAAGAGUUUUUCAUAAUAUAAUAAGCCUUUUUGAAAUGAUAACAAUAAAUCAUGAAAAGCCAGUCUUUACCAGCACACAGUUUCAGGCAAUAGAAAAAAGUUUUUUCCUAGUUGUAUAAAAUGCCAC